CCUGCUCGAAAACCUCCUACUUUUUUUUUUUUUUUUUUUACACAAGUUUCAGCCGUAAGGGUGUUUCAGUUUUGGCCGAAAAAGUUUUGUUCUUUGGAGUGGCACCAGUUCUUGCUAUUUAAACUGAGAGGAGGGUUACCGGCCUAAAACGUGAUCCAUGGAGACAAAACAUAAGUUUUGCAGCCCUUUUAUUCCACAAAGGCGCAACACUUUGAGGAAAACGUGUGCAGAGAUCGUCAAUGAAUCCAGGCAGUCACUACGGAUUCAGACCACCCAGCGACCCUUUACCCCGCAAGAUGGAUGCCGGCAACUGUUUGGGAGAAACUCUGUUCGAGCAGAUUGUGACAGCAGACCUCCGUCUACGUUUAGUCUUCAUGGUCGAAAUUUUGAUGCUUCAGACUCCAGGCCAGGUUCUGGGACUCGUCUCUCACCUUUGAACCAUAAACCAAAACUUCCAGACCCUCGUAAUGCUGAUGAUCCAUCCAAGGACUUUCCCAAAUCCCACUCUGGCCCGAGGAGUACGAGGAGAGGAGUGGCGUACRCUCGGACAUGCCUCCUCAAGCCUCUCACCACUCUGCUACUACCAGAAGCAUCAACAGAAGAGAAAUUAAAUCUUGGCCCAGAACAACAGCGUCUGUCAGCUGAACAACUUAACCAUCGAGAACAUUCGGCGGGUCGCAGUGAUCCUUUAAGGCCUGGCCGAUGCAAAUCACCACGAGAAAGCAGUAAAAGUGUGCAGCCGGGUGUUGACUCAGGAGUUAGACCCACAGCUAGCAGAGCAGAACAGCAAACAGAGCUCAAGUAUGAAGCCAACGCCACAAGCACAAAGGAGGAUGCAGAGUCACUGGUGUGGAAUAAUAUGAUAGUCCCUUUUCUAGAAGAGCUGGAGAGUGUGGCUGCAGGCAGCUCUGAGGACUCGGUGGACCGCCUGUGCGAUCUGUGUGACGGUCUGCACAGCGCCUUGGCGGACGCCGACCUGCUCGGUCGACGCUGCAAGAGGAGGUCGAGAAUCCUGCGACAGCUGUUCCGCCUUAUCGACCUCAACUCUUCUGAACUCAGCCUGCACAUCGCUAAGCUCUGCCUCGCUCUGUGUGUGAGUGGAAACAACCUGCUCAACAUCUGUAAGCUCAUUUAUCAGAUCAGCCGCAGUGAAUCCAACGACAUCCUCUUCCAGAAAGACUCCAUUGUUGUUGACUCGUUGCUGGAUGUGCUUCACACUGAAGACGUGAAUGUGUCUGGCGAGGCCCUGCUGUACUGCGUUGGCACUUUGAAGUUCCUCUCUGGAAACCGGGCGCUCCUCGGACUCUUGCUGGAGAAGAACUGCAUGGGCGUCGCUCAGAAACUCCUCCAGGCUCUUUGCGCAGUAGACGAGGCCAACAUAAAAACAGCAGGGCACAUCCUCACGCAGCUGACAGCCGCCCUGAGGAACCUCGCCGAUCACCCCGAUUCCCGUGYGCUCUUUGUUUCCUCCUUCAUCCUUCCAGCUCUCUGCCAGGUGUUGCAUCAACACUGUGAAGACAAAGACAUCUGCACGAACAUUUCCAGAAUUUUCAGCAAACUCUCCUCUUACUCUGAGUGCUGUCUCGCUUUGGCUCAGAUCUCCAGCUGUUAUCCGCUCCUUUUAGAUUUGCUGAACAAACAUCAUCAAAAACAGGAUCUUGUUGUGCGUCUCCUCUUCACACUCGGCAACCUCACAGCCAAAAGCGACGCGGCUCGGCUGCAGCUCUUUCAGUGCGACGGCUGCAUGGCCACACUCCUCCAUCUUUACAGCAGCUACCAGAGGAGAGACGARUCACCGCACGCACCCCCGCAGAAACAGGCCCUGUCCCGCAGAAAGCCCGCCACGCCUCCUGUCGGUGCGCGAGAGGCAGACGACGUGCUCCUGAAACUGGUCAGCGUGCUGGCCAACGUGUGCAUCCACCCCGCCGUGGGCCCAUCGUUGGUCACAAACACAACCUGUAUCCAGCUUUUGAUGGAGACUCUGGAGCUGAGGUCGGUGCAGGAGAGCGAGGAGCUGAUGGUGAACGUGGCCGCCGCCAUCAACAACCUYUCGUUUUACCAAGAGGAAAGCUCCGAGAUCCGACACAGUCGGCUCGCCAUCGCAAAGCUGAUGUUGAAGAUGAUGUCUACCUCGAGUAUGGAGGCCGUGCUCGAGGCUGCUCGUGUCUAUGGAAACUUGUCCCAGCACAGGGACGUGCGAGACUUUAUUAUGCAAAAUAAAGUGCACAAGUUUGCGGUCGCCCUGCUUGACUCAAAGAGAGCCGAGACGUGUCUCUCMGCCUGCGGGGUCCUGACCAACCUGGCUCAAGAUCCUCCCAACAGACUCUGCCUCGCACUAGAGGGGGCCUCGGCCAA